CGGAGAAGAUAAACAAAAAGGAAGGAAGCCUUCGGCUACACAAUCGCGGCAAAAUCGGUUCAAAAAUUUAGGUUGCUGGCAACGGUUAGCGACUACAUGUGCUAUUUAAUCGCUUAGUUAAAUACCAGUAGGCGUUCACAAUCAUGGACGAGGCAAUAAUAUUUCGUAUGAGUGCAUUUUCCGAGCAAGGGGGGAGGAAAUACAUGGAGGAUGUUGUCGAGAUACGAAUCGAGUACGAGCCGACGGCGUCGCCAGCCGAAGAUUAUCCAAAGUCGCAGAGACAUGGAGGACAGGGAAAAACGGAGAGUGAACCUACCAAACAGACUGAAAACGAGACACAUGAGCAUGACGUUGCUGCCGAAUCUGGUCCAGCUUCUGCAGUGUGGGUGGAGAGUCUAUCAAAUGAGGACAGUGGCAACAACAGUGCGCCGGUAUCAGACGAAAAAGUCGCAGAGCGUGUAGUCGACACUCGCAGGUCUGUGGCGUUUUUCGCCGUGUUUGACGGCCACGGGGGCCGGGAAGCCGCACAUUUCGCACGGGAAAAUCUGUGGGAUUUGUUGAAAAGGCAGCGGGGGUUUUGGUCGAAGGAUCACGGCGAAGUGUGUGCUGCGCUUCGGAAAGGGUUCAUCGCCUGUCACCAUGCGAUGUGGAAAGAGCUACCGGAGUGGCCAAAGACUAUUACUGGUCUGCCCAGCACAUCAGGCACCACAGCCAGCGUGAUCGUGAUCCGUGGAGUUCACAUGUAUGUCGCCCAUGUAGGAGAUUCAGCAGUCGUGGUUGGAGUGAAAGAAAAUGAUUCUGAUAUCACACUCCAGGCGCUUGAAGUAACACAAGACCAUAAACCUGAACUUCCUAAAGAGAAAGAAAGGAUUGAACGACUGGGUGGCAGUGUAAUGAAGAAAUCUGGGGUGAACCGUGUCGUGUGGAAGAGGCCCAGACUGACCCAUAACGGCCCUGUGAGAAGGAGUACAGUCAUCGACCAGAUCCCCUUCCUGGCUGUGGCCCGAUCCCUGGGUGAUCUUUGGAGUUAUGAUUUCUACAGUGGGGAGUUUGUGGUUUCUCCAGAGCCUGAUACCACCGUGAUGACCCUUGACCCCAAACGCCAUCGCUACAUUAUCCUCGGCAGCGAUGGGCUAUGGAAUAUGAUGCCACCCAAGAAUGCUGUUAAUAUGUGUUAUAGCCACGACAAAAUGGUGGGACCAAAGGGAAUGUCUUGCGCCCGCCGGCUGGGAUGCACAGCGCUGCUGUUUUGGAAAGAACGCAUGCUCCGCGCAGACAACACAACCGUUAUUGUCCUGGCCCUGCAGGAGCGUGGAGGACCACCUAUCCCUAUGCAUCGAGAUGAGAUUGUUGUCGACAUGGCUACUGGAAUCGACCAUGUUCCAUACCCAGGAACUCCUUAUAACACAUGUGAAAUCCCAAAGCGGGGCGAUGCAGUGAAUGCUCCCUCCCCAUUCAGAGAAAGUUCCACAACUCUGGAGCAGGCAUUUGGGCUGUAUGAAGCAGCCUUCUGUGCCACCGCGCAGCUCUUACCUGACGUUGACUCUGUGAGGGCUACGCUGCCCCCUUCAGAUGGUAUCGAGAAUGUUUUCGAAAAGCAAGACUCGACAACCCAAAUGGACUGUGGUACCUCUGCUCCUCCGUUAAAAAGGUCUCGUCGCUCUCUGCACAUGUCCCCUGAACUCGAAGGUCCUCACCCUCGGCUUGGCCGGCCCCCCAUCAAAAGUUUGCCCCAGAAGACGCCUCAUGGCAAAGUACCAAGUGAACAGUCCCGCCAAACUCGUGCUCAGAAAAGAGAAAGAAGCUCCUCUGAGGAACGCAGUAUCCUCUCACAGCACCACAACGCUGCCUUGUGUGUGUGCUGAAUUUUGUCUUAUAUAAAGUGUUUUAGCCCUGAGACUAGAAGGAUAAUUUGCAUCAUGUCAACUUAUGCUUACGUACCGGGUGUGCCACAGGCCUAUUCCUAGAUGUAUACUUUUAUACAAAGUCUUUGUUUUUGUAAAUAUGUGAGAAAUUUGAGAUUGCAAACGUGUUGAUGUUUUAACCCUUUCCUCUUGCUCUUCUUCCAGCCCCCUCUUUAAUUGUUAGUGUUUGGAAAUUUAAAGUUAAAAUUUUAGAUUUGUUCAAUCUGCACAAUCUAUUUUCAUACUUAUAAGUAUGUACAGUAUAUCCAAAAUAUGUAUUUUGAAGAAGAUGGAUCAAUACAAUCUGACAUCUAGCAUCAACUCACCAGAAUUGUGACGCACGCGAUCUUCCAGUCAAGAUUUUUAUUAAAUGAAUUAAUUAAUUUAGAUUGUUCUGACUUGUUGAAUGCUGUAACAGCAUCAGUCUGUCCUUGACUGCGGGGGGUGGGGGGGUGAAAUAAUAACUCAGACCAGUUGUUUGGGAUCUUUCCUCUUGGAUGAAAUAUGCUACUAUUAUUGAUGGCUAACUGUCAUCUCAUAUUUUUCAGUUGCAAUGGAAGCCCCCAGUAAUAGUGUGAGUCUGAAGUAAUUAUGCGGGUAUUGAUUUUAAGUUUGUAUCACUUGUUUUAUCUUUUUUUUUUUUUUUUUUUUUUUAUCGGUGGCUAAUUAUGUACUGUCAUGGUCACAGUUGUUGCUCAGCUUGGUGGAUCUUAUGCAUAGGUUGUGAGGAGGUCUUAGGGUCAGUUCACCCAAAUCAAAAAAAAAAAUACAACUUACUAACCAUAGUGGUAUGUAUCCAUAUGCAUAUAGGUAUCUGAUUUGUGUGAACUGGCCCUUUACUGAUACUUUUUCUUUACUGGAUAGUCCUAUUGUUCCAUUCCAAGCGCCUCCAUUCAUCGUCUGAAUCCUUGGGCCUUUCUACAAGGACAUUUGUUUAAGUAGUGGAGGGAAAAAUAUAAGUUAUUGGCUGUAUUGGGUGUCUACGUACUGUAAAAGCGGGGAUUAAUACCUGUACCUCAGUGGGAGGUGGAUUAGAGUCUGCUCUGCCCUUGAUGUUAUUUGUAUAACCCAGCUCAUUUGAAGUGUCCACUGGGCACUAUCACAAUUGGAACUAUGUCUUCCACUUCAUAUGGUUUGCAUCUGUACCUUGUGUUUUAAUCCACACAUAAAAAGGCACGUAUAUGGAAUACAGUAAGUGCCCGAUUCAUGGUAUAUAGCAAAUUACAGAAAGUUCUAAUUUAUGUUAAUAUGGCAGCUCACUUACUGUUCUAGCUGAUUUGUUUGCCUUAUUUUUACAUAAAAGUGUCAUGGUUGCCUUAGCACAAAUGAGUCAGAGGUGCUUUUCACAUGUUUUUACAUGUUUGGGACCGAGACAGGUGAGAACCUCUAGGAUAUGUCAAUGUAAGUGUGGCCGUGGCCCAGCCUCAACCGUUUGUCAUGCACCUUUUGUUCUACACCAGUGUCAUUUUACCAUUCACACCACAGCAUACUUAACCUUCCCCACGUGGUUAAUGUUUUCCAACUAUACUACGGAGCAGUCUGUUCAUUUUUGUACAGUACGUCAAUAUGCAAUAGAAGUUUGUACAGUACAUUAUUAUGCAAAGUAAUUGUUUUUCAGGAGUCUGGCAUGCUCAGAUCUACUCUGUAUGUUGUGAAGUGUCCAGAGGUAAUGGAUAUUAAAGAGCAUGUGGUGUGUUUUGACAGUUACAAUACUUGGGUCUGGCUUCAUAGUCACUGCAGCCAGUUUUCAGGUAUAACUAUAUACGUUACAUGCUUUGAAAGUGACUGGAUAUACAGUGUCUGUGUGUUGUAAUAAAAGUUCUCAUUUUCCAGUUGGUGCUA